AUCAGCUGUUGUUUGGUAACCGGUAGUUCAGGAGGUUGAGAUGAUCGUGAAUAUAGAGCUUAGGCUUUAAUCUUUUUAACAAACUAAAAUGUCAGUCACCUUUUACUCGAAGAUGCCUCCUUCAGGAGCUGAUGCCCAAGCCACAGUGAAAUGGUGGUUAGGGGAAGUACUGGAGGGUCGAGAGGAUCCCGAGGGUUUCUUCGCCAUGUGUGUGUCCAUCCUGGGGCAAGUAGAGACCCGCUCACAGUUUCUGUCCCUCAUCGAGCCUCUGUCCACGGGUGACAGACUCCUGCACGCCAGUCUCACCUCCAUCUACCAGGAAUAUUUCACCAAGACUGAAGAUGACGAGCUGGAACUUGUUUUGGCUCUCUCUCUACUGGAUAUGAAAGGUCAGAGAGGAUCUGUUCAGCUGAAUUCUAUAUUAAAGCCUGAAGGAAGCAACUGCACCAAUCAAACUGGAUCCUGGAACAGAGAGAGUCCACCGCAGACAGCCAGAGAGAUGGAGUUUCAAAUAAGUACGUAUCCUAAUAAGCAGACACUCGGGACAGGUCAGACUGUGUGUGUCUCAGAACAGGAGGGAGAUGUGGAUCAAUCACAGAAACCAAAACGCUCUAAGAAUAGGCGGCAGAGGCGAAAAUGUACUGGCCAGCACCUUGUAGGUUUACCCCGCUCUCCAUCAGCACCACCACCAGUGUUACUGUGGUUCAGGAGGGAUUUGCGGCUGUGUGACAAUCCUGCUCUCGUGGCGUCACUAGAAGUGGGUGCACCUGUCAUACCUGUCUUCAUCUGGAGCCCCAAAGAAGAGGAGGGAACGGGCAUUACAGUGGCUAUGGGAGGAGCUUGUAAAUAUUGGUUGCAUCAGGCAUUGUUGUGUUUUUGUUCAUCUUUGGAGCACAUCGGCAGCCGUCUUGUCGUCCUCAAGGCAAAUGGGGAGAUGACAAGUACUGAAUCUUCUCUGAAGGCACUUAAGGAGCUGAUUAAAGAGACUGGGGCAAGAACAGUGCUGGCUAAUGCCUUGUAUGAGCCCUGGCUGAAGGAGAGAGAUGAUCUGGUAGUAUCAGCUCUGCAGAAACAAGGUGUUGAAUGCAGGAUGUUCCACUCUUAUUGUCUCAGAGACCCUUAUUCUGUCACCACGGAGGGUGUUGGCCUUCGAGGAAUAGGUUCAGUCUCUCACUUCAUGAGCUGCUGUAGACAGAACCCAGGGACUGCAGUAGGAGUUCCCCUGGACCCCCCGGUAUCUCUCCCUACACCUGCCCACUGGCCAAAGGGGCUCUGUUUGGAUGAACUAGGCUUGGCACGCAUGCCCCGCAGGAAGGAUGGCACAACGGUUGACUGGGCAGCGAAUAUUAGAAAGACCUGGGAUUUUAGUGAAGGAGGAGCGCAAGCCCGUCUAGAGGCCUUUCUUCAUGAUGGUGUGUAUAGAUAUGAAAAAGAGUCAGGCAGGGCAGAUGCUCCGAACACCAGCUGCUUGUCGCCCUAUCUUCAUUUUGGUCAGCUCAGUCCACGCUGGUUAAUGUGGGAUGCCAAAGGAGCACGUUGUCGACCCCUAAAGUUCCAACGCAAAUUGGCGUGGAGAGAUUUGGCUUACUGGCAGCUCACGCUGUUUCCUGACCUCCCAUGGGAAUCCAUCAGACCUCCAUACAAGGCUUUGCGGUGGAGCAGUGAUCGGGGCCACCUCAAGGCAUGGCAGCGAGGACGAACAGGCUACCCUCUGGUCGAUGCAGCCAUGAAGCAGCUGUGGCAAACAGGCUGGAUGAACAACUACAUGAGACAUGUAGUGGCAUCUUUUCUCAUAGCAUAUCUUUAUCUGCCUUGGCAAGAAGGCUAUCGCUGGUUCCAGGACACCCUGGUGGAUGCAGAUGUUGCCAUAGAUGCAAUGAUGUGGCAGAAUGGGGGCAUGUGUGGCCUGGAUCACUGGAACUUUGUCAUGCACCCUGUUGACGCAGCAAUGACCUGUGACCCCUACGGUACCUAUGUUAGGAAAUGGUGUCCUGAACUUGCAGAGUUGCCUGACGAGCUUAUUCACAAACCCUGGAAAUGUCCUGCAUCUAUGCUGCGGCGUGCAGGUGUGGUGUUUGGCCAGUCGUAUCCCGAGCGAAUAAUUACAGAUCUCGAGGAGCGAAGGAAUCAGUCUCUGCAGGAUGUAGCUUUGGUGCGCAGGGAGUUUGAACAGUAUGUGGACAAACGCUCAGGCUGCGAUUUGGUGCCUUUGCCCCCACGCCUGGUCUCUGAGGCUUUGGGUUUAUCACACAAGGAUGGGGCUGUGGUGACACAAGGAAAGCAGUUCCUGUUGCCUGUCAUCACUCGCAUGGAAUUCAAACACCAGCAUGAAGAUCCGGAUGCUGAUGCCACAUCAAACCCCUACAACGCAGUUUUAAAAGGAUACGUGAGCCGAAAGAGGGACGAGACCAUUGCUUUCCUUAAUAAGAGAGACUUCACUGCCAGUGUAAUGCAUGAGGCAGUCCAAAGAAAGGAGAGGCUCAACAGCGAUUAUCGGAGAAUGGAGGGGCUCCCACCGUCUCCUUCACCUCGAGGCAGGGCCAGACGAACUCCCACAGCCAAGGACAGGUUCUCUAUAGUACCCGGUGGGGCAGUCACUUCUCUAAAGUGACCAAGACUACAAACUUUUUAGUCAUUUGCCACAGAAUGUAAACAUAUUACAAAUUUAUUGAGUGUAAAAAUUAUGCCAAGACAUAUUCUGCCAAUGUGGAUGUGGAAAAUAUUUGUGGAAAAAAAGUAGAUUGCAAGGGGGCUGGAAAAUGCUCUCAAAAGUUUAUAUUCAGUUUGACCUCAGGUACUGUGUUUAAUAAUGGCAGCAUACACUGCGUUCCAAAUUAUUAUGCAAAUGAUAUUUUUCUGUUUUUGCUACUUAGUCGAUUCAAAUGACAGUCGGCAUAAUUUUCGAGUCAUCGACCAAUAGAGUAUAAUUCAAAUGUUACUGAACAAAACUCCCAAUGAAAACAGUAUGUUUUUCAAAAAUAAAAAAACUUAAAAUGCACUGUUCCAAAUUAUUACGCACACAGACUUUCAAAAGAUUUUAUAGAUUGUAAAGAAUUGAAAAUGGUUAUUUGUUGAAUUUUCAGCAUUAGUAGAUCAAUUUCACUAACAUCAAAAGCGAUUUCAAUCAAAAACAUCUUAACAGGUCAAGUUACAUAUUAACAUAGGACCCCUUAUUUGAUAGCAGUUUUACAAUUCUUGCAUCCAUGGAACAGUUUCUACUUGAAUGGUUUGCAGGAUGUCAGAAUAGCCUCCCAGCGCUGCUGUUUGGAGGUGAACUGCCUCCCACCCUCAUAUUUUUUGUUUGAGGAUGCUCCAAAGGUUCUCAAUAGGAUUGAAGUCAGGGAAGAAUGGGGACCACACCAUGAGUUCCUCUCCUUUUAUGCCAAUAGCAGUCAAUGAUGCAGAGGUAUUCCUUGUAGCAUGAGAUGGUGCAUUGUCUUGCAUGAAGAUGGUUUUGUUCUUCUCUUUCUACCAUGGAAGAAAGUGGUCAGUCAGAAACUCCACAUACUUUGCAGAAAUCAUUUUCACACCUUCAGGGACCCUAAAGGGGACAACCGGCUCUCUCCCUGUGAUUCCGGCUUAAAACAUGACUCUACCACCUCCUUGCUGACGACGCAGCCUUGUUGGGACAUGGUGGCCGUCCACCAACCAUCCACCACUGCAUCCAUCUGGACCAUCCAGGGUUGCACUGCACUCAUCAGUGAACAAGACUGUUUGAAAAUUAGUCUUCAUGUAGUUCUGGGCCCACUGCAGCCGUUUCUGCUUGUGAGCAUUGGUUAGGGGUGGCUGAAUAGGUUUAUGCACAACUGCAAGUCUCUGGAAGAUCCUACACCUUGAUGUUCGCAGGGCUCCAGAGGGACCAGCAACUUCAAAUAAGUUUUUGCUGCUUUGUAAUGGCCUUUUAGCAGCUGCUCUCUUAAUCUGAUGUAUUUGUCUGGCAGAAACCUUCCUCAUUGUGCCUUUAUCUGCACGAACCCAUGUGUGCUCUGACUCAGCCACAAAUCUCUUAACAUUAUGGUGAUCACGCUUACAUUUUUGUGAAAUAUCUAAGGUUUUCAUUACGUGUCCAAGGCAUUCAACUAUUUCAUGCUUUUCAGCAACAGAGAGAUACUUUUUCCUUCCUAUGUUGCUUGAAAAUGGUGGUCUGCUUAAUAAU